GCCUUGUACAGCUUUGAGUGCGCCUGUCACCCCUUAUUCAGUCUGACGUCAGGUACCAGCAGACUUGAUUACCUGCGUACAGAGAACAGGGCCUUUUAUCUGGCUCUUUAUAAGCACAUGAUGUUCCUGGAAAAGAGAGGAUGCCCACGGACGGCGUUGGAGUACUGCAAACUUAUUCUGAGUUUGGACCCAGAUGCUGACCCGCUUUGCAUGCUCCUGCUCAUUGACUUCCUGACGCUGCGCUCCCGAGAGUACCAGUAUCUCCUCCAGUUACAUCAGGACUUGGAGGUGCACAGAAAUCUGUGCCUGCUGCCAAACUUUGCAUUCUCCACUGCACUUUGUCAUUUCCAUCUCAGUCAGCAGGAAGAUGUGGAUCCUGAAGAAAGUGAGAAAGACAGACAAAAAGCUGACCAGAUGCUGGAGAAAGCUCUCAUCAUGUUCCCCGGAGUCUUGAUUCCCCUACUGGAUCUGUGUACUGUGCAGCCAGAUGCCAGAGUCAGCUCACAUGCCUUUUUUGGCCCAAAGAGCCAGAUUGGGCAGCCCCCAGCCCUGGCUGAACUGACUGCUCUGUAUGUGGGGAGGACUCACAGCAUGUGGAGGGAGACGGCAGUAAUGUUUUGGUUGGAAGCGUCUGUGAAGGAGGUGCUGCGUCGAGUUGAUGCCAAAGACCCGCUGGUAGACGACUGCCAAAACAAAAAGCAGAGGUACAAGUGUGCACCAAGAAACAUCCAUCGCCACGUCCUCCUCUCUGCGAUCAAAGAAGCCACCUCAAGUCUGCCUCUCGUAAGGAGCGAUCAUCAACCAGUGAAACACAAGUCACUUCAUCCACAAUGACCUCAGUCCAGCCAU